GAUAUUGGUAAGGAGCAGAUUUGAAAUUUGAUAAUUGUCUGUAACCCAAUUUACUUUCAUUUCCGCUCCCCAUGCCACACCCUCCAUGCUGCCAUGACAACAGACAAUGGCUAGACUAUUUCAAUACCCACCCCCAGACAGUCCUCUCUGGUGCUCAGCCAAAAAGACACACACGCACAGAAACAAAAGUUGUUUGUGUGUGUGUGUGUGUGUGUGUGUAUAACAGUGUCUGAAAGAUGAAGUCCUAAUUCCUCUUCCUGGCUUCCAAACUGACCGUAUGUUGCAGUUGUCGGGUAGGAUUCAGGCGAUGCGUUCUAAACAUGGCUGUGCAUGCUACACGCCAGCCAGAUGCCUUAUACUGGGCUCCCCAAAACAAAAGACACAGGGUGGGGAUGUUUAAAGCCAUUUUACUGUAGAAGUUUGUAGCUAAUGAUCCAUGGCCCUGGUGGUCCAUGUUGCAAUUCAGGAGAUCUCUCCCUGAGCGUUUGUGUGGUUAUGGCUGGUUUAACCUGUGCACACUGAUCAAUUAAUGCACAACAGGUGUGUGGCCUCACCCAGCCCCAGAGUCCAAUCAGACCGACUCCGGCCAGGUGAGGCUGCUCGCCAGGUUAGCUGCUCGCCAAUGAGAUGGUCCGGCCAAUGGAAUAGUACAGCCUCACAGGAAGUAAUGUAGCUGGAUUGCGUUACCAAGGGUUACUAACCUCUCUGUGAUUUCUCUGUUAUUACUAAACAAGAAACAACACAAGGGCUAAGAAAACGAGAUUAACUGAUUUCACACCAAGUAAGUAAGACUGACACCCUGGAAGCCAAGGUAUUGAUGUAGUUAUCUUAGCUUAGUAAAUACCUUACCUAAUGGACCAUAAACCUUGAUUUCACUUGAUUGAGGCGUUUAUAAUUCACAAAUAUUAUGUUUGAUAUGAUUUGAUAUUUGGUCUAAUAAAAAAACAAAAAAACAUACUGAAAGCGUAGGGCCAAUGCUGACAAGGAAGAGGUAUAUUUUCACCGGCCAGAGGGUAGAAAUCGACUGGAGAAUAGAUUUUUUUUGCACGUCCUUUCUCAAAGAUACAAUCAUGCAACAAAGACUAGCUAGACCGGUUAUCCAAAUGUUUUUUUGCCCCUCCUCUUUUUUCUAUUUUUUCUUUCCGUUGCACACCGUUUUGUCAUAUAGACAACCCCUGCAGUCAGGGAUCUGUACACUACCAAGUAGGAGAUUAGAGGGAUAGUGACAGCUAAGGACCAGAAAAUGGCCUGCUUGUGACAGAGAAUGGACUGAUAGUGACCAGAGAAUGGCCUGCUAGGGACAGGGAGUGACCAGCUAGUGACCAGAGAGAAUACUCCAACCAUGUGUUUUUCUUCGUAUAUGAUGAAAAUGCGAAGGCACCGGGUGUUCCUGCUCUGCACGGUGGGCCUGUGCGUCAUCUCCUUCCUGCACUACUACAAGGCGCUGCACUACGUGUCGCUGCUGCGGGAGCUGUCGGCGCCGUACCCCAACAUCAAGUCCUUCAUCAUGGUCACCGGCUUCUUCUGGCGGGAGCAGGGCAUGGCCGCCACCCCGCUCAGCCCCGCCCCGCCCGAGGAAGCCCCGCCUCUCAGGCCCCACCAACGCCCGCCCGAUGCCAAAGUCCACCGAGGGGCGGGGGCAGCAGCAGCAGCAGGAGGUGGAGGAGGAGGAGGAGGAGGAGGGGGAGAUGGGGGGGUUGGAGGAGGAGGAGGAGGGGGAGUUGGGGAUGAGCUGGCCGGGGCAAAGGAUGCCAUGGGGGGCCGCGAGGGUAUGGGGGUGGUGGGCCGGGCGGGGCUGGAGAUGAGGCUCAGGGAGGAGCCGGCGCCGCCCCCUCGGCCCUGGAGGAGACCGGAGCAGGAGAACGUCGGAGUGGGAGACGCAACGUCGCAGGAGAGAGCUGAGGACCGCCUCAGGCGGUGGGACCUGGGCCUCAAUCCGGACCCGCCAGCCAGGCCGGACCCCGUAGCAGAGAAGCCCCUAGUGGAGCACCCGGCGGGCUUCCCCAAGGGGGGAUCCUCAGACCCCCUGGAGACCAUGGGAGACCUACACACCCGGACCUACCAGCUCAAGGACGACCGCACCUCCUACUUCGUGCGGACCAAGGCCGGAGCCCUCUGCUUCCGCCAGGGCACGGAGGUCACCCUGAAGGAGGAGCCUGGGAACGGGAGGGCCCCCGGAGGAGGGCCCCCGGGCCCCGGCCAGAGGCGGCCCCUGGAGGCCCCGCAGCAGCAGCAGCAGCAGCCGGCAGGGUCGGCCUCCACGGCGGGCCCUCUGCGGGUCAAGCCCCGGGCUCGCGGCGGGAAGCGGCUGGUGAAGUGUGUGUGCCGGCCGGGCUGGCACGGGCCCUACUGCGGGGUGCCCACCAUGGUGUACCACUCCAACCUGCCCACCAAGGAGCGGCUGACGCCCAGGGAGACCCCGCGCCGGGUCAUCAACGCCAUCAACGUCAACCACGAGUUCGACCUGCUGCACGCGCGCUUCCACGAGCUGCGGCAGGCCGUCGACCUCUUCCUGAUCUGCGAGUCCAACUUCACCGCCUACGGCGAGAGACGCCCCCUCAGCUUUCUGCAGCGGCUGCUGAACGGGACGUACGACUAUGUGCGGCACAAGAUCGUGUACGUGUUCCUGGACCACUUCCCCGAGGGCGGGCGGCAGGACGGCUGGAUCGCAGACGACUACCUGCGCACGUACCUUACGCGCGACGGCAUGGCGCGAGUGGGUGGGGUCCGGCCCGACGACGUGUUUGUCAUCAACGACGCCGACGAGAUCCCCGCGCACGAGGGGCUGCUCUUCCUCAAGCUCUUCGACGGCUGGACCGAGCCCUUUGCCAUACACAUGCGCAAGUCCCUGUACGGGUUCUUCUGGAAGCAGCUGGGCUCCCUGGAGGUGGUGUCGGGCUGCACGGUGGGCAUGCUGCGCCAGGUGUACGACGGCGACGGCAUCCGCCUGCGCCGCCGCGAGUACUACACCAUGCCGGGCUUCCGGCGCUACGAGAACGACACGGGCCACAUCCUGGUGCAGUGGUCGGUCGGCAGCCCCUUCCACUUCGCCGGCUGGCACUGCUCCUGGUGCUUCUCGCCGCACGGCAUCCACCUCAAGCUGGUGUCGGCGCAGAACGGGGACUUCCCGCGCUGGGGGGACUACGAGGACAAGCGGGACCUGGGCUACAUCAAGGACCUGAUCCGCACGGGGGGCUGGUUCGACGGCUCGUUGCAGGAGUACCCCCCCACGGACCCCAAAGAGCACAUGUACGCGCCUAAGUACAUGCUGGAGCACUACGAGCACUUCGGAUACCUCCUUGACAACCCCUAUGCCCGGUCGGACGCCGCCGCCCCCGCCGGAUAGGGGGCAGGGCUCGGCUUGGAGGGGGUGUGGGGUGGAGGGGGGGGGGGGGGGGGGGUGGCUCCGUCCGGGGUACGCCUUGGUGCGGGACGGGGCUCUGUGGGCUCGGAGGGUGGGGCUUACAGGGUUUGGAGGCGAUGGCGGGCGAGGACCCCAUGUGAGUUCUGGGACCCCGCUUCGUACAGACAGGGACACCUGACUGUAAGCCUCGCUCUGAUUGGUCCCAGGAACAACGGACCAACGCUGUGAGUGGUCCCUCCGAUGACCGCCCCCACCGAGCUCAGAGUGCUAAUGGUCGCCGUUAGCGCUCGUGCUAAUCUAAAGAACCGACACAAAAGGUGUUGCCAUAAAGGGAAUCAACAGAUCACAUCCAGCGUGGAAUGUUUUUGUUUUGUUUUGUUUGUUAUGGCAGGGAUCUAUGGAGAAGGAGCGAGAGAGCCCCAUGCGAGUGCAUCCACUGGAUUUAAAAGCUGUCACUGACCACAACGACUAUAAAUGAACGCCAUGAGUUAGUGGUGGUGGAGGCGAGGGGAUCUUUAGGGUGCUUGGGGCGUCUCUGUGCUCCGAGCAGCGGACAUUUUUGUAGGCAUGACGAAAAACCUCUGGAGGGAAACCAGUGACAUAGAUCACACAUCCAAAUCAGAGAGUCAAUCACUGCAAGCUUUGAGGUAGCUAUACCGCCCCUCUGGUCAUAAUAAGGGAAUUGUUGUCUGUUAAGUGUGUGUGUGUGUGUGCUCAAAGCCCUCCUUGCCGCAUGACUGGUCAUGUCCUGCCACAGAAUUUGUCACCUCUAUGUUUUUGUAUUUUUAUUAUGUUUUUUUGUUUUGAAAAAUGACAACAAACUUACUACACUGUGUGUGUGUGUGUGUGUGUGUGUGUGUGUGUGUGUGUGUGUGUGUGUGUGUGUGUGUGUGUGUGCAUUCUCCUGUGUGUGGAGAUGAUGCUCUCAGCAGGGGUCUGGGAUACACAGUGGAGAGGGAAGACAGUAAUAAAGGAGGAGAGAUAGUAGGCGAUCGCAAUCUCACACUUUCACUCUUACCCCCUCUCAUUCUGACUCGGUUUCCCUUCCUUCUUCGACGGUUUCUCAUACAUAAAUGUAUUGUGUGUGUGUGUGUGUGUGUGUGUGUGUGUGUGUGUGUGCAAAUAUCUCAGAACAGACAUAGCAUCUAUAAAUAAGUGAUUCCUCUGCCAUUCACGUUCCAAGACAAAGUUAGUGUCUGGCACGGUAUCGGUCUUUCUUUCUGUCUUCUUUCCUUCCCCGGGAGGUCGGGCGGAUUUGUGGGAGGAAAUGGAUGUGGUCUAAAGAUCAGGAGGGGUAGCGCAUUAUCACGCCAUCCAGUGUAUGUACUGUACAUGCGUGUAUCCAGUGUGUGUACUGUACAUGCGUGUUUCCAGCGUAUGUACAGUCCAUGUUCAUUUGUGUAUUCUGUGCAUGGUAAGUUCAUGGAAAGUACAUUUGUGUAUUUUGUGUAUGUUACUCAUCAGUACAUACAUACAUACAUGCUCUGUCUUUCUUUGUCCAUCACCUCUUCUCUCUCCCUCUCUUCUAAGCAGUAACACUGCAAGGCGGACACUAAGUCAGUACUACCCAGCAUGUAGUUCCACUAGUCACUUCUGGUUGGUGUGUAAAUCUGUUUUCAAAGGGCUUCCCCUCUCAUUUGGCAUCCAUCUCAGAGUCUCGGCUCAGUACUCUGCCCCGCUAUUUAUUCCCUAAUUUAUUCAUGGUUUCAUUAUGAAAUGAAAUGUUUGUGUGGGAUUGUGAUGCAGAGAGUCGCAGCAGAACACGCUGAAACCAGCUCUUUCUGGCUAUUUCUCGUCCUGUAACCAUGACGACAUGGAUGACAUAAAUACUCUGUGAGGUCAUCGGUGAUCAUCUGCACACACACGCGCACAAGCAAGCAUGCACAAACACACGCGCAAUCAGGCAAACACACGAGCAAACACACACGCAGGAAGGCAGGCAUACAGACAUAAACAGGAAGACAAACAAACACAUGAAAACACACAAACACAUGAAAACACACAAACAAACACACACCCACACAUACACAGGCAAGCACAUGCACUCUGUAUACACAUGCUAGUCCAUUACACAGUCCAAGGUUUUUGCUGAAACCUCAGAUUUAUUUCCAUCUGCUCAUCCGGUAUCUUGCAUAUCCCCAGUACAUGGAAGUACAAAUAAAUCCAAAAUUAAAUACAUAAAUAAGUACAUAACACUCCUCCGCAGCCGUAACCGCCAAGACAGACUGGGCUGGCUUCUGCUAUAUACAAAACUCUUAAGUGUGGAGCUUUCAAUUUAUCACCGCCCAAAUGGAUGAAUGGGGAUGAUUCGAGCAGUGGCAAGUGCACAAAAGAGCAAGAAUGAAUGCAUGACCGAGAGAGCCAGUCCACCUUGUCCUCUUUCAAUCAAUCGCCCCUGCAUUUCACAUCUGAGGGAGGACGUGGGUGAUGACGGGCGCAUGGCUGACGGCUGUUGAAACCAAGGCAGGCAAACCCAGCAGGAAGUGACUUCCUGACUCUGAGAGCGUUUUCUCUGGGCAGGGUGCGGGGAGGCUGUAGUGCACGUGACGAUCAUCCGGACGUGCACGGCCGGGGAAGACGACUGUAAACAACUCUGUGUUUAGGUAUUUUUAAUGAUUGUUUGUAUGUGUGGGUGAGUUUAGCUGUGUGCGUGUUUUUUAGGUUUGCUUGCGUAUGCGUGUGUGUUUAGGUUUGCAUGCGUGUGUGUGGGUUGUCGUGAUGGUGAGGGCGUGAUUCAGGGGUCAGGGGAGGUAAUUUGAUCUUUUUUUCUUUUUCCCUUUUCUUCUCUAUCUGUCCUUUCACGCCACACGCCCACACAAUCUGCCUGAAUCUGAUUUUAACUUCACAUGUCAUGGGUUCUGCUUAGAAUACAAUGACUGUGUGGGUGUGGGUGUGUCUGUAUGUUUGUGUGGGAGAGUGAGUGUGUCACCACUAUGUGUACCCAGAAUCCCUCUGAGUAAAGAUUUUUGGCCUGUGGAGAGAGAUGGCGAGUCUCGAGGGGGAUAUAUGGUGAGAGAGAGAGAGAGAGAGAGAGAAGCGAGGGUGAGUCUCAUAGAGUGGGAUAGAGAGAGAGAGAGCGAUAGAUGGGGCGAGAGAAUGCUCUGUGUUCUCCAUGCUGUGACACUAUGGAUCAAAGAGAUGAAAGGUGCUGGCAUGCUGGGGAGACAGAUGGACUCACAUGCACACGCAAACACAUGCACUCACACAAACACACACACACACACGAGCACCCUCACCGUGGCAAACGGACUCACCAACACCUGGCUAUGAAUCAAAUGCCAUCAGAGGAGAGGGGGAGAAAGUGUGUGUGACCACCUGUAAAUGGCCACUUAUACACCCUACCUGUAUCCCCUAUAGACUCAUACAAUCCAUUACCCUAGACUCAACUGGAGCGGGAGAGGUAGAUGCAGAUAAAAAGAGAAAGAAAGGGUCAGAGAGAGAGAGAGAGAGAGAGACAGUCUAAGAGAAGACGCUCUCUCUCAGACCCUGAGAGAGAGAGGAAAUAUGAGCCGGCAAAGGGAGGGGAGGGAGGCGUAUACAAGCUGCCAUUUACACGUUUUUCGGGGCUUUUGGAUUAUUUUAUUACUGUAUUGUAUUACUGUAUUCUUUGUUCAUGAGAGCACUUUGGUCACAUGUGGAAUCCCUUGGUGUAUUUAUCCUUUAUAGUCUGUACAGUUUUUAUUGUUUUGUUUCCUUGUCUUUAUCCAAAAUGCAGCUUCAUAUUUAAUGCCUUUAAAAGGGUGUGUGUGUGUGUGUGUGUGUGUGUGUGUGUGUGUGUGUGUGUGUGUGUGUGUGUGUGUGUGUGUGUGUGUGUGUGUGUGUGUGUGUGUGUGUGUGUGUGUUGAACAAGCUCUUAACCACUGUCAUAUCCUACUGUAAGAAUGUGGUUUGGUUCCACUCUCCCAACACUAGGCAGGUAACGAAACCAAACACAGGCAGGUCAGGGUCACGGCGGGGUCAUGGCGGGGUCACCACUCCACCUCGCCCAAUCUCACUGUGUGUGUGUGUGUGUGUGUACAUGACAUGUGGGUGUACUGCCCCCCCAACACCAUCCAUCUGUUCUUCGCUACCACAAACUGUAAAAUGAGUUGCAUCUUACUGUCCAAAUAUUUCCCAUGAUUCUUUGACCCUCUCGUCCCACGUGCGCUCUCCUCACGCCGUGCGUGAGCGUGCGUGGAUCCCCGACCCUGCUCUCCCUCCCGUACACAGAGCUCUGCUUUGUGCUCGCUCUGGGUUCCAGUCCAGUCCCUCAAAACCAAACUACACUUUGGGUCUUUGUCCGCAGUGGAGCAGGGGGUCUUCCCAGACAGAUGCCCAUUGUGAGGGUCGGCCCACCCAACCUGGCUCAUUGGAAGCCCCCCAACUAUUGUUGUUCAUCCAGACACUGAGACCCAAGGGUUUUGGACCCCCACAUUCACCUCCCCAUCACCCCCCCCACCCCACCCCCGCUCCUGUCCUAUUGGUCAACGGCCUGGGUACAUCCGGUUCAGAACACUGACUGUUUUUUUUUGUUUUUUUCGUGUUAAUUUUGAUGAUUGAGUUUUAUUUUAUACACACUAUUUAUUAUGCUCAAAUACUCCUGGCAGGGCAUGGACAUGUUCAGAACUUUAAGUCUUAAAAAGUGAUUAUUGUUGUUUUUCCUCUGUUGGGUUUGGGAUUUAUAUUCUUCUUUGUUUUGUACCACAAUAACGACAACAAUAAUCUUUUUGAGUUGCAUGCUGAACGUGAGCUAUGAUUUGCACCUUAUCAGGAGUUGUGCUUCUGGUUUGUCUCUUCCUGAUUUACUCCGUCUGCUGUUUAUCAGCAUCUCAUUUCCAUUUCCAGGUGACCUGAUCUGUAGUGUGUGUGUGUGUGUGUGUGUGUGUGUGUGUGUGGCACACACCAAAUUAAAUAAUAUAGAGGGGUCAUUAUACACACCAUUCCAUCUAUUACACGCACACGCACACACACACACUUCCUUGCGCUUGUCCUUGAGACAAUUAAAAGCAAAUCAUUGAAAGACAAUUGACUCACAAAGCAACACGCAUGCGUGCACACAUACACAUGAACGUACACACACAUACUCACUGCGACCUUGGCAGCUCAAUGGCACUGGGCAGGGGCUGUGUGUGUGUGUGUGUGUGUGUGUGUGUGUGUGUGUGUGUGUGUGUGUGUGUGUGUGUGUGUGUGUGUGUGUGUGUGUGUGUGUGUGUGUGAGGUGGGGGGUUGUUGACUGUAGCCAAUUAAACCAGCAGGGCUGGUUGCCAGGUCUGCAGCCAUUUAAUCCUCUCCACUUUCCAGCCGGGUUGCCAGAUUUGCCCUUCCCCCCCCUUUUCACACAGACUGUCCGCCUCAGAGGGGGGGGGGCGGGGGUCGGACACACGGAAGCAACGUUUAAAUACCGUUCAGAAUUGUGUCAUGUGGGCGAGCUCAUGAAAACACAUUUGAGUGCUUCGAGUAAAAGAGGCUUUCUGCAAACUCCUCUGGAUGAAAUGUGAGCCAAGGUGCAGCAUCUAACAGGAUAUGAGCAAAGACCCCCUCCCCCUACUCUUUCAGCACACCUUCUCUCUCUCUCUCCGUGGCGGAGAGAGAGAGAGAGAAGGGAGGGAGGAGAGACCCAUGAUGGACCCGCCCCCUCAGCAGCAGAGAACAAAGUUAGAAUCAAGACCAAACGGACCACCAUAGAUUCUUCUUCCUGGAAGACAGGAUUAUUUUUGUUUCCCUCUCCAGGAAUCGCAAAGAAGAGUAACUUUCACGGGAAAAGUUGGCUGAAAAACUAAAUUAAAAAGAAAUCUAAUUUGUUCUCUAUAUGAAUGGCUGUAUGUUAACCACAAACAGAAAAAAAACAUUUAAAUGAGUUCUGUGAAAAAGAAAUCUAAUAAAUUAAUUUAAAAAUUUUGAA